AUGAUAAUUUGCUUUGAUCUUACGUCUGAGAAGUUCAGCUCUGUUGAGUUUGAUAGGGAUUUGAAUCCGGUGCGGCGAAACUAUCCGGGGUGGCUGCUAGAUUUCAACGGUAAAUUGGCUUUAAUACCAAGUGGCAGUCUUUAUGUCACAAGUAAAAGUAUUGUGAUGUGGGUUCUACAAGACUCUGAAUGGUCCAAACUUGUUUACAUAUUGCCCCCUGUGUGGAAAGUUGUAGUUGGUCCAGAGGAGUGCUUAGAGAUUAUUGGAGUGACUGGUCCGAAUGAAUUUGUUAUGUCGCCCAGAUAUUCAUCUGACCCUUUCCAUGUCUACUACUGCGAUUUCGAAAAGGAAACUGUAACAAGAGUUGUAAUCCAAGGAAUGGGAGCGUUUGGGAGUGGGAGGAGGUAUUCUGUUCGCACCUGUCUGAACCAUGUUGAGGAUUUGAAGCGUAUGGAAUUAUAA